UUGGGACGUAAGCAAGUAUUUCAAUGACAUGACGCAAGAAACAAAUAUGGCUGACAUAAACAAAACAAAACUGAAUUUCUUACAACUGAAUUUCUUACAACUCACUCAUUUUUCAAUCAGGUAUGGGGGAAGGUCGAAGCAAUUUCUACUUCAAGUUUCCAAGAACGAGGCAUGUAUUUGAUGCUGGAGGAAAUGGCGUGUCGCGGGACGAUUUGAUUAUGUCUGAAAAGGAGAGAAAAGCAUUUUUGCAGGGAAAGAAAAUCAUUGUCGAGGAAAAAAUAGACGGAGCAAAUUUAGGCAUCAGUAUAAACAGAAAUCAUGAAAUAUUGACUCAGAAUAGAGCACAUUAUAUAAACAGCUCUUCACAUCGACAAUUUGGAGCCCUGGACUCUUGGGUUUCGAAACAUUCAGCAGAUUUACACCAGAUAUUACAACCAGGAAAACAUAUACUUUUUGGGGAAUGGAUGGUCGCAAAGCACUCUAUCCACUAUGUGACUUUACCGGACUAUUUUCUAGCUUUCGAUAUUUAUGACAAACAAGAAAGAAGGUUUCUAAGCGUCCAGAACAGAAACGAACUGUUGGCAAGUACUGAAAUAUCAACAGUUCGAUAUAUUUCCUCGGAAGAAAAUUUAGACGAAGACAAGUUGUUAAAACUUCUGGAAACGAAGUCACAGUUUUACGAUGGAUUUGUCGAAGGAUUGGUGUUAAGAAUUGACGAGGAUGAGACUGGAGUAUCCGAUGUAUUUUCCAAACGAGCGAAGGUAGUACGACCCGAUUUCCUGCAACAAAUUGAAGAGCAGUGGACUAAGCAAAAAUACGUCAAAAACCGCAUGGCAUGCUAUUAUUAACCAUUUCAACUACGAAACUCCAGCAGUAUCUUAUGUCCGUAAACUUGGUAACUUGUAACAGUAGAGCAGCUGAUUCUCAUUUUGAGUAGAAACUGACCACGUCUUGCUUGUAUUAACUGUAGUCAUUUUCGCGCAUUCAGAUUUUACGCGACAGACUUGAUCUGCCCGCUCAUCAAAUCAAUCACGCACUAUCGAAAUAUUGAAGAAAAAAGCUCUUCAUCCCAUCUCCGCGUAAUUUUGGUGGCUGUGAAUCGAAUCCUGCUUACUGUCAGGCGGCAUAUUAGCAAAGCACAAUGUAGAACUGCUUUAAUUUAAAAAAAAUACUGUUAAGGCCAGGAUACACUUGUAUAAUAUCAUUAAAUAUAUUCUAUAAUAUAGUUAUAAUUUUUCUACAA